AUGGCGACCUUCCUCUCCGUCGGCAACGGCGUGGUCGCCAAAGACGGCGUGGCCGAGGGCGAAGCCGCGCAGUACGCCGCCCUCAAACGCACGGUUCUCGAGGAACAGGAGCGCAAGAAGCAAGAGGAACGUGAGAGGCGGGUCAGUCUGGGAUUGCCGCCCGAGAUGACGCGGAAGGAGAAGAAGGAGGUCAGGAGGAAGGAGAAGGAGAGGAGGAAAUCAGAGGCCGUCACACAGAGGGACAGGGAAGGCGGAGGAAGUGGGAGGAGGGUGCUGGGGAUGCUGUGUUUUGGUCCUUAA